AGUGCGGUGCGGCGGGGGCGGGACCGGGAGCGGAAGUGGUUUGUGGGCGCCUUUGCCACCGCCGCGGAAAGCUGCCCAGGGGCUCGUUCGGUUCGCGGGGUGCUGCCGGGGGUCCAGAGCGGCUGCGCUGUGAGCGGAGAUAUGGAAGGAGACGGUUCAGACCUCGAGCCUCCAGACGCUGGGGAGGACAGCAAGUCUGAGAAUGGGGAGAAUGCUCCUAUCUACUGCAUCUGCCGCAAACCAGACAUCAACUGCUUCAUGAUUGGAUGUGACAACUGCAAUGAAUGGUUCCAUGGGGACUGCAUCCGGAUCACUGAGAAGAUGGCCAAGGCCAUCCGGGAAUGGUAUUGUCGGGAUUGCCGAGAGAAGGACCCGAAGCUGGAGAUUCGUUAUCGGCACAAGAAGUCCCGAGAGCGGGAUGGCAGUGAGCGGGCCGGCAGUGAACGGGCCGGCAGUGAGCCCCGGGACGAGGGAGGAGGGCGCAAGAGGCCUGCUUCAGAUCCAGAUUUGCAGCGCCGGGCAGGGGCAGGGACAGGGGUUGGGACCAUACUUGCUCGGGGCUCUGCUUCGCCCCACAAAUCCUCUCCACAGCCCUUGGUGGCUACACCUAGCCAGCAUCACCAGCAACAGCAGCAGCAGCAACAACAACAGCAACAAAUCAAACGGUCAGCCCGCAUGUGUGGUGAGUGUGAGGCGUGCCGGCGCACAGAAGACUGUGGCCACUGUGACUUCUGCCGUGACAUGAAGAAGUUCGGGGGCCCCAACAAGAUCCGGCAGAAGUGCCGGCUUCGCCAGUGUCAGCUGCGGGCACGGGAAUCGUACAAGUACUUCCCUUCCUCGCUCUCGCCGGUGACGCCCUCAGAGGCCCUGCCAAGGCCCCGCCGGCCACCACCCACUCAACAGCAGCCACAGCCAUCUCAGAAGCUAGGACGCAUCCGUGAAGAUGAGGGGACAGUGUUGUCAUCCACGGUCAAGGAGCUACCAGAGACUACAGCAACACCUGACCCACUUUCAGAUGAGGACCUGCCAUUGGACCCUGAUCUGUACCAGGACUUCUGUGCCGGAGCCUUUGAUGAUCAUGGCCUACCCUGGAUGAGUGACGCAGAAGAGUCCCCAUUCCUGGACCCUGCACUGAGGAAACGGGCCGUGAAAGUAAAGCACGUGAAGCGUCGAGAGAAGAAGUCUGAGAAGAAGAAGGAGGAGCGAUAUAAACGACAUCGACAGAAGCAGAAGCAUAAAGACAAAUGGAAACACCCAGAGAGGGCUGAUGCCAAGGACCCUGCAUCACUGCCACAGUGCCUGGGGCCCGGCUGUGUGCGUGCUGCCCAGCCUGGUUCCAAGUAUUGCUCAGAUGACUGUGGCAUGAAGCUGGCGGCCAACCGAAUCUAUGAGAUCCUCCCGCAGCGCAUCCAGCAGUGGCAGCAAAGCCCCUGCAUUGCUGAAGAGCACGGCAAGAAGCUCCUUGAACGCAUCCGCCGUGAGCAGCAGAGUGCCCGCACUCGUCUUCAAGAAAUGGAGCGCAGAUUCCACGAGCUUGAAGCUAUUAUUCUUCGUGCUAAGCAGCAGGCUGUGCGUGAGGAUGAGGAGAACAAUGAGAAUGACAGUGACGACACAGAUCUGCAGAUCUUCUGUGUCUCCUGCGGGCAUCCCAUCAACCCACGUGUUGCCUUGCGCCACAUGGAGCGUUGCUACGCCAAGUAUGAGAGCCAGACAUCCUUCGGGUCCAUGUACCCCACACGCAUUGAAGGGGCUACCCGACUCUUCUGUGACGUCUACAAUCCCCAGAGCAAAACAUACUGUAAGCGGCUCCAGGUGCUAUGCCCUGAGCACUCACGGGACCCCAAAGUGCCUGCUGAUGAGGUCUGUGGGUGUCCACUUGUACGUGAUGUCUUUGAGCUCACAGGUGACUUCUGCCGCCUGCCUAAGCGCCAGUGCAAUCGUCAUUACUGCUGGGAGAAACUCCGGCGCGCAGAAGUGGACUUAGAGCGCGUGCGGGUGUGGUACAAGCUGGAUGAGCUGUUUGAGCAGGAGCGUAAUGUUCGCACAGCCAUGACCAACCGAGCAGGAUUACUUGCCCUGAUGCUGCACCAAACGAUCCAACACGACCCACUCACUACCGACCUUCGAUCUAGUGCUGACCGCUGAGCUUCACCAGCCUAGAGCCCCUCACCCCUGCAUUCCAGUUAGGGGAGCGGCCCUGCGCAUCCCUGGCUUUUUGUUCCUCCACUCAUUUGUUUAUUCCACUACUCCUUAGUUAUCCCUGUGCCCAUCUACAUUUUGACUUCCAUCUGUCCCUCUCCAUAUUCAGUGCUGGGGUGAGACCGUGGAGUUUACUCAUCCUUGUCUAUACCCAUCCCCUAAGCAAACGGGUUUUGUUAAUAAAAAUUUUGAACAACCAACAA